GGUCUUGGGCUUGUCACUUUCCCUAAGAGAGAACCCCGAGGUGACGUCUAAGAUCUUUUCCAGCUCUAAGGUUUGAUUAUGAGUUUACCGCAUUCCGAGAAGAGCCUAAUUCGAGUUACAAUGCCAGUAGAAGCAAUUCCUUUGUAUAUAUAAACCUUAAAAGACAAUGUGGAGUGGACUGUUACCUCCUGGAAUGAAUGAAAGUGACAUUGAGUUGAGUUCUGAAGAUGAGACUACAUCAGAAAUCACAGAACUUAGUUCAAACAAAGAUAAGGGAGAUGGUGUGAGAGAAGAGAUUGGGCUCUCUGCUUUCCAUACUGAUGGACCUAAAAGUGGGGCAGAGACAAAUGCAAAAAAUGCUGAUGAAGAAUGUCCAUCUGGAAUUCCUCAAAAUAUGUGGAAUAAGUUUCAAGAGUUACAUAAAAAGCAUACUGAACUGAAAACCUUAACUAUUUCUACAAGCAAAGGGAGUAAAAGAAAACGUCCCAGAAAAGGUAAAUUGAAGAAUAAAGAAAAACCUGACAGUCAACAGUCUUCAAAUGAAGCCCAGUGGAAGGAACUUACUCAGUAUUUUGGAAUAAAUGAUAAAUUUGAACCUCCCAUAAUUAAUACAACUUUUCAGAAGUCAGGCCUUGAAGUACGCAUCGAUGAAUCUGUGGCUGAAGGGGAUUUUGAAAAGGCAGAAGAACUCAGUAAUAGGUUAGCAACUCGAGAGCUUGGGGUAAAAAUUGCCAAAGCUGUUGCAUGUCGCAACUUUGUAAAAGCUAAAAAAGAUGCUGAAACUUCACAGGAGGUUCGAAAAAGGAAGAAACUUGCAUGGGGGUUUGAAGCAAAGAAGAGAUGGGAAACCAAAAGCAACAUGGGAUAUAUGUAACUAGGUCUUCAUCUUUGAAAAACAAAGAACUCUUGGUAUCUUACUGUUUAAAGGGAGCCAGUGAAAUUCGGUACCAGUUAGAAAAAGUAAAUGUCAGAUUAGUGAGUCAGUUACACAUAUUUUUUCAAUCUUUUAAGGUAAUGUAUCUUAUUUUGUUUUAAAAAUUAACUUUUCUUAAUGAAUAUGAGAAUAUAGUUAGGGAAAAAAUAUAAGGAAUGUGAUGUGUACAUACAUCAGUCUUUAAAGUAUUAAUGAAAUCAUUGAUAUAUGGAUAUAAUUGCUAUUGGUUCAUAUUGAAACCUCAGUUUGUACCAUAGAAAAGAGUGUUUUUGAAUUGCUGUGGCCAAAUUUUAUUUUCUGACAGCUUUCUUCCAAGUAUGGUUGGUGUGGUGGUCAGAACUCAUAUUCUCUAUUAGCAAGUCUUGCACAAGCUUACUAUAAUAUCCUUGAAGGAUCACUAAUAUUGGAAAAAUAGAUUUAUGUACAGCAAAAAUUAUUUGCUUUUUACUGUUUGAUGAACAUUUAGCUAUUAAGAUCCAUGUAACUUAAAAUAUUUAUGGUCAUAAACUAUCCUCAUGGGUUUUAUUUUUUAAAUAACGAUUUAAUAGUAAAUCAUAAAUAUAUCUAAGAAGAUAUAACCAUACCAGUCAAGAAACAUUCAGUUUUAAUACAAGUGCUAUUUUGUCUAAAUAUUUUUUCCUAGAAAAUUGGGUUUUCUUUUUUUUCUCAUGGCUGUCUGGUAAAAGUCAAUGAAUAAUUUUAAAUAGCUUUGAGGAUGGAAAGUGUCAUACAGUUUGCUAUGAUUUAAUUCUGUCUGAGAAUAGACAUAGGCUACUCACAUCUCAUUGUCUCUUUUAUUCCUAUGAUUCUUUGAAUUUUAAUGUUUUUCUUAGAUAGCUUAUCAGUCGUGCAAUUUGAUUAUUGAUAAAUAAUUAUUUUAUUAUUAAUUGAAAUACAAUGUUUUAAAUUCUUUAAAUAUAUGGUUUGGAUUAUUUCCAUUCUUUUUUCCUUUUGUUUACACACAAUUAUUUUGGAGAGUGGAAAUCUUGAAAGGUAACCUUACCUGUCAUGACAUAUUAUCUGAAAAUAUGCUAGCAUUGCAGAAUUCUAAAAUGAACAUCAAAAGAGCUUGUUGAGAGCAUAUACGCCAUUCCACAGAGAGGUGUUAUUCUUACAUCAAGUUUUCCAAAAGAAAAGAUCAUAUCACUAUGUUGAUUUCAAUUCUCCGAGGUGGAGAAGAGUUUAUCACCAUUGUCAUCAGCUAAUGUUGUCUUCUGAGACCAAAUAAUCCUAAUUCCUUUGAAUGACUUCCAGUUAUCUAAUCUAAACCAAACCAUCUCAGGGGUUAUACACAGUUCACACUAUGAAAAACCAAACUCACAAUAUUUAUGUGAAUAUAAAUAUAAAUUGAAAGCCAAAUAUACAUGAAAUAUUCAAGGAGAUGGUAUGCAGGUGUGCUUUUAGGAAUAAAAAUCUGACUUUUUAAAAGAUAUGUAUUUUAAUACAUUAUAUCUCAAAAGAUUUUUUUUUAAAUCAUAGACUAUUAGAGCUGAAGAUUUUUGUCAUAUACUAUAGAUAAAAAGCUCAGAGACAUGACGUGACCAAAGCCAUAGAGUCAGUCAGUCAGUAGCAGAACCAGUACUAGAACUAAGGGCUUACUUACUUUACUGCCAGUCCAGUGUUCUUUUAGAUUGCAUGGUAGUUUCUAAUCAGUAUGAUUUUGUUUUUACAUAACUUUUUCUGAACAGUUGUAUAUAGAGAAAUAUAUCUCUACUAUCCAGAGUACUAAGUAUGUUUUUACAUUAUGGGCAUUAAUGUUACUAUUUAUGUUGGGGGGGGGGGGGUUGUUGUUGUUUGAGAUCAUAAAAAUCCUGUUGUCUAUGUAAGGAAUGAUGAUUCAUUGAGAAAAUCAAGUUUCAGAAGAUCUUUUAGACAGUUUUAUAAUUCAUCUUAGAAAAAUAAGAAUCUGAACUGAAUAUCUUAUUGUUUUUCAAUUUCUGUAUUUUUUUUAAUACAUGACAUAUCUCUGAGAAUACAAUUAUAUGCCAUUUAUAGAAUCCCUGUUAUAUUCAAAAUCAUUCUAAAUGUCUAAGAGAGGUGAUAACACAUAUUGUAAUACUAACCAUUGUACAUACCUAUUAUGUAAGAAAAUAUCUAGAAUUUCUAAAGAAAUUUUCUGUAAUAAUAGGUAUUAUUUCUCUGAGUAAUCAGAUACAUUGUUUAAAAAUACAAUUUUCUAGGGGGCUGGAAUGAAAGAUUGCUAUAUUUGAUGUAAUUGAUAUAAUGGAAAGAGGAAUAUCCUAGGCAUCAGAAGACUUGUUUUUAGGAUAGAUUCUACCACACAUUGUCUCUUUGAGCAAAUCAUUUCAAUUUUUCUAGGCUCUAGUUUUUUUUCCUCAUUUAUAAAAUGGGGAUAUUGCCAUCUGAUCUCACUAGAUUGUAAUAAAACACUAAUGAAAAUAUUAAACUUGUGCCAAUGAAAAGUU